AUGACAGUGACAGUUGACUUAACGUUGACAGUUGACAUGACAGCUGACGCGACAUAUUCUGCAAAAUUAUUGCCAACAUUUCCAAAAUAUGGGCAUGUAGGUAAGACGUACCAGCCCUUUCAAUGUAUAUCACUGCUGACCAUGAGAGAUAUAAAAUUUUUUUAUGACUCAUUUUACAAAACAUCAGAGAAAAUCACCCAGGACAAUUUUAUAUUGAAGCACUGCAGCGUUACUGAUCCCAAAAGAUCAAGAAAACGAGAACAAGAAAAAAAUAAGCCGAAAUCUAUGUCAGUGAAAUACUAUGUGAAAAGAAGAGAUGGGCUAAUGGUUAAUGUGUGCAGACAGAGUUUCAUGAACAUUCUGGGAGUGAAGAAAGACAGGAUUUUGGAUGUAGUAAAACGGUACAAGGAAAGCAAUGAAAUGCCCAAAGAACGACGUGGAGGUGAUCGGACAAAAGGUAAAAAUAACACAAAGCGAGCGGCUAUAAAAGAGUUUGUUGAAUCACUGAAGUGCAUAGAGUCUCAUUAUUGCCGAUCUAAGACAUUCAGUAGAAUUUAUUUGCCUGCAGAACUAAAUAUCAGGAAACUUUGGAGAAUGUUUAACAAUACCGUGGACAAAGAUCUUCAGGUUAAGGAGUCAUUUUUCAGAUACUUUUUCACCAGAAAAUACAAUGUUGGCUUUGAUACUCCUAAAACCGACAUGUGUUCAACAUGCCUGCAGUUUCAAGACCAAAUAAAAAUGUCAUUAGAUAUCAACACAAAGAAUCGAUUAAUGGCUCAACAGCGAGCUCACAAAAUUCGAGCAAAGUGCUUCUAUGAGCUUUUGAAAGAAGUCCAUGCUGACAAUGAGGGGACUUCUAAAGGAAAAAUAAGUCCAACUUCAGUCAAUUCCUAUGUAUGGACUGAACUAGAUCAUCAAAGGGGAUCCAAUGAAAUAGCAUCAGCAUUAUAUCAUACUCUCAGCACAUUUAAAUUUAGCGAAUCUACUAAAGUCGUUCGCCUUUAUUGUGAUGGUUGCGGUGCGCAAAAUAAAAACUCCAUCGUCAUUGGGAUGUUAUCCCAUUGGUUAUUACAGUGCAGUAACCCCCAACACAAAAUUGAAAUAUUUUUUUCGGUUGUGGGGCAUUCCUAUAUUCCACCAGAUAGGCUAUUUGGACAAAUUGAGAAGGUUAUUAAAAAGUCACCUGAAAUUACAAGUCCAGAACAAUACAUGAAAGUAAUAGAGAAGUGGGGAAGCAUCUACAUGUUGGGAGUUGAUGUUCCUGUACAGGACUGGAAGUCAAAAGUUCAGAUAGUUAUGAAACCAACAUCACAGUGGCAUUUCAAGUUGCAAGUGUCCAAACGCAUCAUAAUUUCAAAAACUGAAACCGGUUAUGCAGUAAGAGGUGAAAGUUUCUAUAAGAAUGACAUGGGCACCAACCAGUCCCUGCUGAGGAGAGGAAGAAAGUUGGACAUCAAACCAAGCACUGUAGACAUUGGAAUGCCAUUGAAAUCGGAUAAGAAGAAGAGUAUCAGUAAUUUGAUUGCAAAACAUUACGGAAGUAAUUGGCGAAAUGAUGAAGCUUUAUCAUUUUUCAAAAGUGCCUUCUAUGAACUUCCUCUCCCAUCCACUUCAACCUCACGAGAUGGUAAUGAAGCCAAUACAGAGUUGUUUUGUUUAGAAAAUACAAAUUGUAUGUUGUUUGGAAUGUGCAUUUUCUUAAUACUACUUUGUAAUAAAAUAAUCCAAAAGUUUGUUCGUGUUUUGCCGAUUCGCCUUGUUUUAGCCAAAGUUAAUACCCAAAACCCGACAAGUCACCAUGUUUUAUAUGCAAAACCCGACAAGUCCAAACUUUAA